ACGGCACGGCACUUGUGUUCUAGCAGUCGACACGACGAGAAACCGGUGACUCCGGUAGGGUUAGAGCAGCCGUCAAACUUCGUUAACAGUUCGAGCUUUUAAAGUUAGUUUGUCAGUUUAAUUCGUUUUUUCCAAGGUCAGCUUACCUGAUGCAGGUAGUGAAAUGAUUUGGAGUUAUCUCUGACGGUGUGAGCUAUUGAAGUGGAAAAAUAACUUGCUUAUAGACCAAUCACGUCAAUAUCAUGGGGCUCAACAUGAAUGUCACACUUCUGAAGUGGUUUCUACUUGCGGCUGUGAUUUCUGUUCAAUUUUCAACCAGUGAAGCAUUAUUUGAAGGCAUUUAUUGUGGUAAAGAAAACUGCUAUGAUGUUCUUGGAGUUACACGAGAAACAGGAAAACAAGAAAUUUCUAAAAAGUACAGAGCUUUGGCAAGAAAAUUCCAUCCUGAUAUGCAUCGCACUCCGGAAAGCAAAGCAGAAGCUGAAACAAGAUUUAAGGAAAUUGCUACAGCAUACGAAAUUCUUAAAGAUGAUGAAGCUCGUCUGGACUAUGACUACAUGCUGGACAACCCUGAAGACUACUACAGAAAUUACUAUCGUUACUACAGGAACCGAGUUGCUCCCAAAGUUGAUGUCCGAAUUGUAUUGAUUGUUACUAUAUCGGUCAUAUCGGCUUUCCAGUACUAUAGUGCAAAUCAGCGAUACGAAAUAGCCAUAAAUUAUUUUAUGCAACAGCCCAAAUAUCGCAAUCGUGCUUUGGAUGUUGCCAGAGAACGUGGUACAUAUGAUGAAAAUCCUAACCCUAAGAAAGGGGGUAAAAAGAAAAACAAGCAGGAAAUCAAGGAGGAAACAGAACGUAUAAUUCGAAAAGUUCUUGAGGAAAACAUGGACAUUCGUGGUGGAUAUGCUAAACCAAAAAUUAGCGAUAUUCUGUGGAUCCAAUUAGUAUUGCUCCCUUAUACUAUAUCCUUGUACUUUCUUUGGUAUGCUACUUGGGUAUGGAGAUUUAAUAUUAAGAAAGAACCCUAUGGAGAGGAACAAAAGCUCUACCUUAUUAGAAAGCAUAUGAAACUUGGUCAGUACCAGUUUGAUGCAGUUGAAGAAGCAGAUAAGAAAGAUUAUCUGAAAAAAGGUCUAUGGGUAAAAGAAAAUUAUGAUCUUUGGCAUCAAGAAAAGGAGGAAGAAAUGAAAAAGGUUUUAGCAGAGAGUGCUAAACAUAAAGCAUAUCGUAGGUAUCUUAAAGUUCAUGGUGAAGGCAGAAUGACAUUUGAUGACUCAUAAAUUACGUACAAAGCUUGGUCCAAAUUAAUGUCUAUCCACUCAUAAAAUUAUAUGUUCUAAUUUUUUUGUACUUAUUUUAUUCAUCCUGUAAAAUCCAGUGAAAACUUUUAUCACCUCCAUUGAAAUGUAAAUAUUUUUAAUAUCUUGAAAAAUAAACCCGAGCAUGCCAAAGUCAAACCACAUACCAUUCAUUAAUUUUGUCAUUUAUUCUGAAGGCUUGAAGGAAAGUUGUGAUGAUUGUGAUUGUAUGAUCUCUGUAGUCUUGUAAUCCAACUUCCACAUUUUUAUUUUACAUUGAUUGUGUUUAUGUAAUUUCUUUAAAUGUGCCAAGGUUAUUUGGUUUGUAGUUCUCAAUCUAAAAAAAAUCUUACUUUUAUCAAAUAUCCACCAGGUUUAAAGCAGUUGUAGACAUUGCAUAUUUCCUGUUUUAAGUUCUUUCAUAACUAUUUAUUUCUUCUUGUUGACUACUUAUAAGAUUCAGUGUUAAGUAGGAUAUAUUGGUUAGUAGGGAAUUGGUGUCUGAUAAAGGAAUGUGUAUGCAUUGAUUAGACUUAAAAAAUUUCCAGCUAAUACUCAUUUUCUUUUCAAAAUCAUCAUUAAAUUAUUUAUAGCUCAUAAUUGUCAUGGUAAACAUGCCAGCCCACUGUUCUCCUGUUUUCGUUGUUUCAUGCAAUAUAUCUUCCUGUUUUCAUUUCAGAAUCUACCAUUAAAAAAUGGUUUUGCAUUC